GGCUCCGCGCACCACUCGUCGACUACUAGAUUUGGAACCCUAGCGGCGGGGGUGUGGCUGUGGCAUUUAGUACUAGCUAGUGCGUCUUCUCCCCGCAAAAUCCACCCAACCAUUGCUCCGGCCUGGCUGAAUCUUGCCGCUGGGGGCUCUGCCUGUUCGAUCGCGCGCGCUAGCGGCGACUCGGCGUGUGGCGGCGGAGUAGCGAUGCUCGCCGACGGCCGUUCCCGGCGCCGGCUGGUGGCGGUGAAUCGGAGAAGGAAGGAAGGAGGGCGGAGGGAGAAGGUGGGGAGGAGGCCGGAGGGACACGAGGGAAGGAGGGCGGCGGGGGCAGCGGUCUUGCUGUCGCCGGAGGCGGCGGCCGGCUGGUGGAGGCGCAACGGGCGCGACGCGGUGGUUGGUGGCUGUCAAUCGGAGAAGGAAGGAAGGAUGGCUGAGGGAGAAGGUGGGGAGGAGGCCGGAGGGACACGAGGGAAGGAGGGCGGCGGGGGCAGCGGUCUUGCUGUCGCCGGAGGCGGCGGCCGGCUGGUGGAGGCGCAACGGGCGCGACGCGGUGGUUGGUGGCUGUCAAUCGGAGAAGGAAGGAAGGAUGGCUGAGGGAGAAGGUGGGGAGGAGGCCGGAGCGAGAAGAGGGAAGGAGGGCGGCGGGGGCAGCGGUCUUGCUGUCGCCGGAGGCGGCGGCCGGCCGGCAGAGCGCGGGGAGAUGACGAUCGCCGGCGAGGAUCUGUCGGCCCGCCGGCGUACGGUGUCGGCGUCGUCUUCCGCGGCUGCCAGGGGCGCCGUCGACGGCGCCCCACGCCGAUCCCGAGCGUGGCUCGCUGCGGCGCUGUGCCUCUUCGCACUGCUGCGGGUCGGGGCGGCGGCGGAGUCGGGCGUCGUCAAGGUGGACGGCCGCGUCGCCAUCGCGUCCACCGGCGACUUCAUCGUCUGCGCCACGCUCGACUGCUGGCCGCCGGAGAAGUGCGACUACGGGACGUGCAGCUGGGGCAGCGCCUCCCUCCUCAACCUGGACCUCUCCAACCGAAUCCUGCUCAACGCCGUCAGAGCCUUCUCGCCGCUGGUGCUCCGGCUGGGCGGCACGCUGCAGGACAAGGUGAUCUACCACACCCCGGGCGACGGGCGGCUGCCGUGCGUGCCCUUCACCAAGAGCGAGUCGGCGGUGUUCGGCUUCACUCGCGGGUGCCUGACCAUGGCACGCUGGGACGAGCUCAACGCCUUCUUCCAGAAGUCUGGCGCGAAGGUGGUCUUCGGGCUGAACGCUCUCAACGUCCGUGAGACGGACGGCGAGUCCUAUAUGGGAGGGAACUGGGACUUGACAAAUGCAGCAUCGUUCAUCCAGUACACUGUCAGCAAGGGCUAUGAAAUCCAUGGUUGGGAGCUCGGAAAUGAGCUCGGAGGCAAGGCAGUCGGCACCUUGAUCGCGGCUGACCAAUAUGCCAAAGACGCGACCUUUCUGAAAUGGGUCGUCGAAGAUACUUACGAGGACAGCCCAUUGAAGCCGCCGCUGCUCGCUCCGGGAAGCUUCUUCGACAAAGACUGGUUCGGUGAGUUCAUCACCAAAACCAGUCCAGAUAUUGUCAGUGUGGUCAGCCACCAUAUCUACAAUCUGGGGGCAGGAGUGGAGACCGGCCUCGUCAAGAGGAUCCUCAACCAGUCUUACCUCGACGGGGUGGCGAGACAAUUCAGCGAUCUCCAGCAGUUGCUGAAAACCUCAGGGACGUCCGCCGUCGCGUGGGUCGGCGAGGCUGGAGGGGCUUACAACAGUGGCCACCACCUUGUCACUGACGCGUUUGUGUUCAGCUUCUGGUACCUGGACCAACUUGGCAUGUCAGCGAAGUACAACACAAAGACUUACUGCAGGCAGAGCUUUAUUGGUGGCAACUAUGGCCUGCUCAACACAACAACAUUCCAACCAAACCCUGACUACUACAGUGCGCUACUAUGGCAUCGCCUGAUGGGAACCAAAGUUCUAGAUGCCAAAUUCAGCGGCACCACCAACCUGAUCCGUGCCUACGCACAUUGUGCGAAGAACUCGACAGGCAUCACUUUGUUGUUGAUGAACCUGCACGGCAAUGCCAGGAAUGACGUGUCCUUGACAAGUGAGGAGCUGCUUGUAGUUGAGGCGUCUGGAGUCACAAGGGAGGAGUACCACCUCCUCCCUGAAGGUGGCGACAUUCACAGCCAGGUGAUGCUGCUCAAUGGCAGGGCCUUGACGACUGAUGCAGAUGGGAACAUCCCUAGGAUGGAGCCCAUCAUACUGGAUGCGGCGCAGCCCAUUGCCAUUGAGCCUCUGUCCAUCGUCUUUGCUCACAUGCCCAAUUAUUAUGCCCCUGUGUGUAGUUAAGGGCGUGGUUUUUGUUGUUCUUGUUGUUAUAGAUUGGGAUAAGAGUGGCUAGAACAUCAACAUCAGAGCACACAGUCCCUCUGCUUGGAACCAGACCGUCUGAUGUAAAAAAGAACUACAUCUAGUGAACUACAGCCAGAGCCAUCCUUCACAUUGUUGGGCAAGUUCAGUUCUGGGCAACAACUGACAUUGUUCAGUUUGGCAUCUCUUUUGUUCAGUU